GCCCCGCCUUAGCAGUACCCAGGAACUCUCUGGAGGCAGCGGUGGUAGCUGAGCCAUGGGCGUCUACGCGCCACUUUUAGGGGUCGGCCCUGGCCCCCUCUGGGGCUCCAUGGGGCGCCGGAUGAGCUCCUGCGCCCUGAGCCCACCGCUCUCGUCCGUCUCUUUUCUCUUUUUGUUGUUGCUGGCGACGCCUGGCGCUCGGGCCGCUGGAUACGAGACAUGUCCUGUAGUACAGCCAGACAUGCUGAACGUGCACCUGGUGGCCCACACACAUGAUGAUGUUGGCUGGCUCAAGACAGUGGACCAGUACUAUUAUGGGAUUGAGAAUGAUGUCCAACAUGCAGGCGUGCAGUACAUCCUAGACUCUGUCAUCUCAGCCUUGUUGGCAGAGCCCACCCGCCGCUUCAUCUAUGUGGAGAUGGCUUUCUUCUCCCGUUGGUGGCAUGAGCAGACGAAUGCAACACAGGAAAUUGUUCGGAACCUGGUGCACCAGGGGCGCCUGGAGUUUGCCAAUGGUGGCUGGGUGAUGAAUGAUGAGGCAGCUACCCACUAUGGUGCCAUUGUGGAUCAGAUGACACUUGGGCUUCGCUUUCUGGAGGACACAUUUGGCAAUGAUGGGCGCCCCCGUGUGGCCUGGCACAUCGACCCCUUUGGCCACUCCAGGGAACAGGCCUCGCUGUUUGCCCAGAUGGGCUUUGACGGCUUCUUCUUUGGGCGCCUCGAUUAUCAAGAUAAACUGGUGCGGAAGGAGAGACGAGAGAUGGAGCAGGUGUGGAGGGCUAGCGCCAGCCUGAGGGCCCCCACUGCCGACCUAUUCACUGGUGUGCUCCCCAACAAUUAUAACCCGCCAGAGGGGCUCUGCUGGGAUGUACUGUGCGCUGACCAGCCUGUGGUAGACGACCCCCGCAGUCCUGAGUACAACGCCAAGGAGCUGGUCAGCUACUUUCUGAAGCUGGCCACUGCCCAGGGCCAGUCCUACCGCACCAACCACACAGUGAUGACUAUGGGUUCGGACUUCCAAUAUGAGAACGCCAACAUGUGGUUCAAGAACCUCGACAAGCUCAUCCAGCUGGUCAACAUGCAGCAGGCAAACGGGAGCCGUGUCCAUGUGCUCUACUCCACCCCUGCCUGUUACCUUUGGGAGCUGAACAAAGCCAACCUCACCUGGUCUGUGAAGGAGGACGACUUUUUCCCUUACGCAGACGGCCCCCACAUGUUCUGGACCGGCUAUUUUUCUAGCAGGCCUGCCCUCAAGCGCUACGAACGCCUCAGCUACAACUUCCUGCAGGUGUGCAAUCAGCUGGAGGCGCUGGUGGGCCCAGCGGCCAACGUGGGACCCUAUGGCUACGGAGACAGCGCGCCCCUCAAUGAGGCGAUGGCGGUGUUGCAGCACCAUGAUGCGGUCAGUGGCACCUCGCGGCAGCACGUGGCCAACGACUACGCGCGUCAGCUGGCAGCUGGCUGGGGGCCUUGUGAGGUUCUUCUGAGCAACGCGCUGGCCAAACUCAGCGGCUCUAAGGAGUCCUUCUCGUUCUGCCGCUACCUCAACAUCAGCAUCUGCCCCCUUAGCCAGACAUCUGCACACUUCCAAGUCACCGUUUAUAACCCUCUGGGGCGGAAGGUGGAUUGGAUGGUGAGGCUGCCGGUCAGUGAAGGCCUUUUCCUCGUAAAGGACCCCAGCAAUAAGACUGUGCCAAGCAAGGUGGUAGAACUUCCCAGCUCUGACAACCCAGAACUCCUGUUUCCAGCAUCGGUGCCUGCUCUGGGCUUCAGCAUCUACUCUAUAACCCGGAUGCCUGUCCGGAGGCCCCAAGCCAGACUUCUGCAGCCCAGGCCCCAGAAGUUUGGGUCCCCUGUUUUGUCCAUCAAAAAUGAGUACCUUCGAGCUACGUUCCACCCUGACACAGGGUUCUUGAGGACGAUCGAGGUCCUAGACCAGAAACUAGUGCUACCUGUGAGCCAGGCCUUCUUCUGGUACAAUGCCAGCAUGGGCGACAAGCAGAGCGAUCAGGCAUCCGGUGCCUACAUCUUCAGACCCAGUCGUGCAAAGCCAUUUCCCGUGAGCCACUGGGCUCAGACACACCUGGUGAAGACAGCCCUGGUGCAGGAGGUCCAUCAGAAGUUUUCAGCCUGGUGCUCCCAGGUGGUUCGCCUGUACCCUGGUCAGCGUCACUUGGAGCUCGAGUGGACAGUGGGGCCAAUACCUGUGGGGGACAAGUGGGGGAAGGAGGUCAUCAGCCGCUUUGACACACCCCUGAAGACCCUGGGAUCCUUCUACACGGACAGCAACGGCCGGGAGGUCCUGAAGAGGAGGCGGGAUUAUCGACCCUCUUGGAAGCUGAACCAGACUGAACCAGUGGCAGGAAACUACUAUCCUGUCAACAGCCGCAUCUACAUCACAGAUGGGAAGAUGCAGCUGACAGUGCUGACUGACCGCUCCCAGGGGGGGAGCAGUUUGAGGGACGGCUCCCUGGAGCUCAUGGUGCACCGACGGCUGCUGAAAGACGACGCCCGCGGAGUGGGGGAGCCGCUGCUGGAAUCUAGGUCCGGGGUGUGGGUGCGUGGGCGUCACCUCGUGCUUUUGGAUAAGGCCCGCGACGCAGCCGCCGGACACCGGCUGCUGGCGGAGAAGGAGCUGCUGGCCCCGCAGGUGGUGCUGGCCCCGGGGGGCGGCGCCUCUUACCACCAUGGGGUGGCCCCGCGCACGCAGUUCUCUGGCCUGAGCAGAGAGCUGCUGCCUUCUGUGCGCCUGCUCACCCUGGCCCGCUGGGGCCCAGAGAUGCUGCUGUUGCGUUUGGAACACCAGUUUGCCCUGAGGGAAGAUUCAAGCCGUAACCUGAGCUCCCCUGUGACCGUGGACCUGCGGGGCCUGUUCUCGACUUUCACCAUCACCCGCCUGCAGGAGACCACUCUGGCGGCCACCCAGCUCCGGGCCAGCGCCUCCAGGCUCAAGUGGACACCAAAGACUGGUCCCGUCUCCCACCCCACUGUGCCCCGGCUGGACCCUGCUUCCAUCACACUGCAGCCCAUGGAAAUCCGCACCUUUGUGGCCUCAGUCCAGUGGAAAGAGGACAGCUAGACCUGUGCGAGGCCCCUUGCUCUGGAUGUGGGGCCGAUUCCAUAUCUUCCUCUUGCAGCUGCUGCCAUUCACAAAAGCCAUUAAAAUUCUGCUCGUGAGAUUCAAGACA